AUGUGUUUUAGUGUCAUCAAACACAAACAACUCGCUGUCGUGCCGGAGGCGGCGGAGGUUCACAAAUCGUCAGAAAACUUUCAUUGUCUUCCUCGUUUUCAUCUCCUCUUUCCAUUUCCCCGGCCUCUAUUCCUCAUAUUCUUAUCUUUGCCCCCUACAUCUAGGAUUCUCAUUCAGCACAACGAGACGCACGCCAUGAAACUCAGAAACUCGAAGAUCUUCAAGGUGAUCAGAUAUAUUAACUGCAGCCUACUCUAUUGGGUAUCUGUAGCUUGUGUUGAACCGUGA